CAACUGUCAUUCCAUUCCAAUAUCCUUGUGCUGUCUGUUCUAUGACUAUCAGAUUUAUAACAUUUUCAGCAUGGAAAUGAUUACAGAAAAUCGUGUAACGAUCUGAAGGACAAUUAUUUUCCGCCUAUUUAUUUUGUGGUGACGAAAUACAUUAACAAAUUCGUUAUUUGUGCUAUAAACUAAGAUGAGUGUUAUGUAUAUUCAGUUUAAGAAUAAAGUUUAAAGUACGACUGUGACUAAUCGUUUACAAAACUAAGUUCCAAUCGCGUUAAUCGUUCUUUAGAUUAAUCAAGGCUUAUCAAGUGUACGUUGACUUUGUACUUGUAGGACAUAUUCUAAAAUGGGAAACAAAUCGUCUUUGAUGUUGAGAGUAGAGGAAAUAGCUCAAAUUCAAGAGGAAACUGGAUUCACUCCCAACCAAAUUGAGCGCCUAUACUCAAGAUUUACAUCCCUGGACAAAAAUGACUGUGGUACAUUAUCUCGAGAAGACUUCCUCCGCAUACCCGAACUGGCCAUUAACCCUCUCAGUGAGCGCAUAGUUCACUCCUUCUUUGCCGAGAGUCAUGAUGACCGAGUCAACUUCCUACAAUUCAUGAGAGUGCUGUCUCACUUCAGGCCUAUUAGAAAGAAUAGAGAGAACAAAUUGAAUAGCAGGGAGGAAAAACUAAGAUUUGCCUUCUCAAUGUACGAUCUGGACAAUGACGGAAAGAUCUCCAGGGAUGAGCUGCUCGCUAUCCUGCACAUGAUGGUUGGAGUCAACAUUAGCGAAGAGCAACUAACCAGCAUCGCCGAGCGCACGAUCCUCGAAGCCGACACCAACAACGACCAGAUGAUCUCCUUCGAAGAGUUCUGCCACGCGCUCGACCGCACCGACGUCGAACAGAAGAUGUCCAUACGGUUCCUCAACUGACCUGGCCCCGACUGUCUGCAUUACGGUCAAGUGUAACAAGGCUCUUACUUUUUUGAUAGUCGAGUGUUGUCAGGCCUACCUGUAUCACCUAGAUAAAUUAUCUGCCUUAAGGAAAAUGUAGUUCUGAUUUUUGUUCAAUAAAUACGCGGGUCCAUACAGCAGAGCGAGGCUAACGACCACAUGAUCUCCUUCAAAGAGUUCUGCCACGCGCUCGACCGCACCGACGUCGAACGGGAGAUAUCCAUUCGCUUCCUCAACUGACCUGGCCCCGACUGUCUGUUGUCUGUUAGGGUCCCCCCACAUCUAGCGUCUCGCGAGCGUAGCGUCGGGCCAACUGUAUGGCAAAGCCUGACGCCGCGUCGGCGCGACGUGUCUUUUUCCAUGCCAUUUUGCCUUAAGGAAAAUGUAGUUUAACCACACGUGUCAAUAUUGAUACCCGAGCAAACGAAAGAUUCCAAUAUUUAAAAAAUGGAAUCCUGAGCAUUGCGAGGGUUUCAAGGCACGUAGGUUAAACAAACUUUGCCAGUUUUGCCACCGAGUGAAACACAAAAUUUUUCACCACACCAACACGAACAAAAUACUGACUAUAAAACAUUAAAUUAAAUCAAAUCCAGCAAUCUACUAAAUAUUUAUGAUUGAAAAUAAUUAGUUGUAGGUAAAUUUUACCAGCCAGCUCAAGGCAUCAAGUUAAAAUUUGUAUGAAAUUGCUUUGAACUCUUGUGGAUAAAAUGCAAUUUUGCUAUCCGUUUUCGAAUAGCAAAAUUGAUCUUUACCAUUAGUUGGUGUGGUGAAAAAUAUUUUAUUUUAAGUACAGUCAAGUUCCCUAUUGUAGAAUAAACCAAUUGACUCAUUAUGACACUAUUCCAUAGAAGCAAACCUGUUCACUAUAAUCAGAUCAGAGUCAAAUAUAUGGCGGGCAUUCGGGCAAAGUAACAAAAGAUUUCAGUGAAAAAAUUGAUUACCAUAUAAAUAGGGGUGUGUUUCGGUUUACCUGGGACUUUGGCCGACAGUCGGCAGCAUUGAAUACAACCAAAGUACCUACAAACACUAUUGUAUACUCGACUGUACAGGCAAUAAGGUCCUGUAUGCGUUUAUUUGGCACUUUCGCUGUAUUCAAAUUAUUGCUCACUGUACCGUACUUAGAUUUAAAGGGACGCCUAUUUUGUGAAACGUAAUAUUGUCGUCGUUUAGUUACGGUUCAUGUUGUGUAAAAACAUGAUUUGGUGUAUAGUGGUGAU